AUGCCCUCACCCUUCAAACCCUCCGCCAACCCCGGCAUUCUCCACCACUACCUCCCCCGCCUCAUCGCCUUCGAACACUCCCCCACCCCCCCUCCCUCCCCUCCCUCUCACCUCCUCUGGAUCGGCGGCCUCGGCGACUCCCUCCACACUGUCCCCUAUGUCCACCGCCUCGCCCACUCCCUUCCUCCCACCUGGCGCCUCACCGAAGUCCAGCUCUCCAGCACCCGCGACGGUUGGGGCCUCUCCUCCCUGUCCAAAGACGCCGACGAGCUGGCCGCCUGCAUCUCGUACCUCCGUGCCGCGCGCGCCGCACCCAAGAUCGCGCUGAUGGGGCACUCGACCGGGUGCCAGGAUAUCAUGUACUAUCUGACGCGCGGACGGCACGCGGAGCGGGGGAGGGUCGAGGGAGCGGUGUUGCAGGCACCGGUGUCGGAUCGGGAGGGGCUGGUGGAUGAUCUGCCAGAGGGGGUGUAUGAGGGUUUGAAUGAGCUGGCGAAGGGGUGGGUGGCGGAGGGGAGGGGAGAAGACGUAUUGCCGCGGGAGAGGGUGAGGCCGUUUGUGAAGGCGCCAGUGACGGCGAGGAGGUGGUUGAGUUUGGCGUCGCCGGGGAAGGAUGGGGAGGAUGAUUUCUUCAGUAGUGAUUUGACGGAUGGGCAGUUGAGGGGGUCGUUUGGGGUGGUGGGGGGAAAGAAGGUGCCGUUGUUGAUCCUGUUCUCGGGGAGCGAUGAGCAUGUGCCGGCGAAGGUUGACAAGAAAGCACUGGUGGAAAGAUGGACGGGAUUCGUGGAGAGGGAAGGUGGUAUUGUGGAUGGGGAAUCGGCAAUCGUGAAAGAGGCAACUCAUAAUAUGGCUCGGAAUGAAGACGGGGUGGUGGACGAAGCCAUUGGCCGCGUUGCCCGAUUUCUGGAAAAUAUUGACAAGCAAGAGAGCCGACUGUAA